CAACUCCGGGAACCCAGCCCAAGGCCUGCCUCCCGGACACACCGAGGCUCACGUAGUCUGGUGGCGGCAGCCUCCCCUGCCACCUCCCUCCGGGCAUUCCGAUGCAGCGAGCCAGCUGGAAAGGGGGCUUCCCCGCGGCCCAACAGGCUAGAGAAUUUAAUCCUGAUUUCAUCGCCGACUUCUUCAAUUAGCCCAUUGGAACUGUCAAAUCAGAAUAUCAAUUUGCCAUGGUAAUUAGAAUAAAAAUGGCUUGGCUUUAGGGAGGCAAUAGCGUUGGGUGGGUUUUUGGCCCAAGAAUCUUAAGAUACUUGAGGUGUUUUAUUAGAUUCAUUUUGUUUUCUUGAUAAGAGAAGGUCUAUUAUUUUAGAAAAUAUUAGAAAGUACAAAGCAGGAAAACAGAAAUUUCCUGAAAUCCCAUCACGUGGAAAAUUCUGACAGUUUUAAUUAUAUCACUAGUCUUUUUUCUGUGCAUAUACGUAAUAUUUUUCCCUACAAGUCUAGUCUCUAUGUACAAUUUAUCUUCUCCAUUUUCUACAUUAAUCAUAUAUUAUAAAUUUUUAUGCCAUUUAAAUCUUUUUCCACAUAAUGGUUUUAAUGAUGAUAUUAAAUUGUAUCACAUGGAUGUGGUGCACUUGAUUUAACUGGAUACCUGUUAUUGGUCAUAGUUUACUUUCUCACCCCUUUUCCCUCCAUAAUGUUGCACUGAACAUUUUAGUACGUUAACCUUCGCGCAUUUUUAAUUAUUUCCAAGAUUAAUACCUGUGUGUGAUAUUAGAACCGAAAAUGAUGAUUUAGAAAGGUUGUGCCCAUUAAGACUAAUACAGAUAUUUGUAUCAUCUUUUAAAAUUCUUUCCUAACUCACUAGGUAAAAACAGGCAUUGUCUUCUGAUCUGAAUUUCUUAAGUUACUUGUAAUGCUGGACACUUCGCAUAUUUAUGAGCCACUUUUAAAUUUCUUUCAUGAAUUGUCUAUUCAUGCUCCUUGCUCAUUUUUCUACAUGGAAUAUUUGACUUUGUUAUUGUUUUAUAAGAACUCUUUAUAAAAGUAUUAAAACUUCGCUGCCGUGCUUUUUGGAAAAUGUUUUCCCAGUCUUCGGUUUUUUGGUUUUACUUAUUUUUUUUCACUUAUAGAAAAACAAUUGUUUUUAUGAAGUCAGAUUUAAUUUAAUCUUUAGCAUGAUUCUCUUUGCUUUUUAUUCUUAUAGAGGCUACUUUCACUGUAGAAAAACACAAUUCUUCACUGAUACGAAAGAUUUAAAAACACUAAAUUGCUGGCACUUUUUAAAAGUAAGAUAUACUAGAAUAUAAAAAUCUGUACAUUGAAUGAAAGCAAGUGUGGGUCGGUCUUCACUCCUGAUUCCCAGUCUCUGGCACCAUGCCUGGCACAUAGCAAACACCAAUCAGUAUUUGUGGGAGGAAUUAAUUUCUUUUUAUCGGAGCAAAGCAGUAUUUACCAAACUGCAUUCAGCAAGGUGCUCCACCAAAAAAAAAAAAGACUUUCCUUGUUUGGGAUAAGUUUAGGAAAUUCGGCAAACAGCACGCUGUUUUCAUUAUUCUCCAUGGCCCAUCAGUAUACUGACGGCCCCAACAAGCCCUGACAGGGAAACCCAUGAACUAGUUUUAAAACCAGUGGUUCCGUACUUCUGUGUUUGUUUUAACCUUGGGCCUCUUCCCCCCGCCCCCCCACUUUACACUCUUAAUCUCCCCUGAUACCAAGGUCACACUGGACCACACCUGAGGUAAUAUUGAGCUGUAGCCACGUGGGCAAAGAUGAAGGCAAACGUAGUUCGCUGGUCCCUGUCGGAGGGAUGAGCCUGAACAUCUGUCUGACCUCCUUGCUGUUUCUUUCCUUCCCCUUGGCCAGGGUUCUAGCCUGCUCUAGCCCCGUGAUGGCUGUGGACAUUGAGUGCAGGUACAGCUGCAUGGCCCCCUCCUUGCGCAGAGAGCGGUUUGCCUUCCAGAUCUCCCCGAAGUCAAGCAAACCCCUGAGGCCUUGUAUUCAGCUGAGCGGCAAGAAUGAAGCCAGCGGGACGGUGGCCUCGACCGUCCAGGAGAAGAAGGUGAAGAAGCGGGUGUCCUUUGCAGACAACCAAGGGCUGGCCCUGACAAUGGUCAAAGUGUUCUCCGAGUUUGAUGACCCGUUAGAUAUUCCACUGAACAUCACCGAGCUCCUGGACAGCAUUGUGAGUCUGACAACAGCGGAGAGCGAGAGCUUUGUGCUGGAUUUCUCGCAGCCCUCUGCAGACUACCUGGACUUCAGAAAUCGGCUUCGGACCGACCACGUCUGCCUGGAGAACUGCGUCUUGAAGGACAGAGCCAUUGCAGGCACGGUGAAGGUGCAGAACCUCGCAUUUGAGAAGAUGGUGAAAGUCAGAAUGACAUUCGACACCUGGAAAAGCUUCACAGACUUUCCCUGUUGGUACGUGAAGGACACGUACGCAGGUUCAGACAAGGACACAUUCUCCUUUGAAAUCAGCUUGCCUGAAAAAAUUCAGUCUUAUGAGAGGAUGGAGUUUGCCGUGUGCUAUGAGUGCAAUGGACAGACGUACUGGGACAGCAAUAAAGGCAAAAACUAUAGGAUCAUCCGGGCAGAGUUGAAAUCCACCCAGGGAACAGCCCAGCCACCAAAUGGACCAGAUUUUGGAAUAGCUUUUGACCAGUUUGGAAGCCCUCGGUGUUCCUAUGGUCUGUUUCCGGAGUGGCCUAGUUAUUUAGGAUACGAGAAGCUUGGGCCCUACUAUUAGUGAUGGCCUGGGAUGGAGCCGGGCUGAGUGGGUGCAGAGGAGCCGAGCUGCAUCACCCCAGGAUGGAGAUGGAAGCCCAGAGAAAAGCUGAACUGCCAUCAGGCACAGUUUUCGAAAAGAAAGGAUCCUAGUCACUUUUUUUCUUCGAGCAGGCAAGCCAGCCAGGCUUAGAUCACAGAACUGGGUUCACACUCAGAGGAGAUGGGGGUGCGGUCUGUUUGGCACCCGCGUGGUGGCAAUGAGGGUCCGAGCAGGAUGGUGCUGGAAACAGUCUGGACAGGACCCAGGCCUGCAGGGAGCGCUGGCCAGGCCGGAGGAUGGUGGCUCAGUGACGAGGAGCCCCUCUCCCCUCGGGUGUGGGAAGUCAGUCCCCCCGGCCCCCUCUUCCUGUGGUCUUCCCCGCCCACCCAGGGCCUCCCCGCCUGUUGCAGCUGCCCCGUGUCUACGUGGGCUUCACACUUUAUCUCUGUGUGUUUGAUUUUCUUCCACAGUUCAUCUGCAGUUCAGGAAAAGAUAAUAAAGGCAGAUCAGCUCAUGAUGGAGACAGGCAUUUCCUUUUUCUGACCCCACUUAGAUAUCCCAGCAGAGGACGACACACCAGCUAUGAAAAGUCAACCGGCUGCUGUGCGGUGUCACCACCCAUGGCAGGCUGGUGCCAGGCAGGACAGUCAGGAGGGGGACACUUUUAGCUCCACCUCUUGGCGCUGGGGGGAACUUUCUAAGCACUCUUACCCUGAGUCACCCGAGGGCUCAAUUACAAGACUUGCUGUAACUUGCCAAGCUGGUUUGCCCGUGUCUCUUUCUUCACGAAAGGAUUUUAGGAUCUCUUUUCCUGGAGAGUCAUCUUUUAUGCUGUGCUCAGGACGUUUGGAUUUGCAGACUAAGUGUAUCCUCGGCACCUUCAGGAAGUGCUUGGUUGUAUCUUGACUGUGAUUUACAACCUCCACGUUGUAAACAGCGCCUUACAAGCCCCCACGGACUUUGACUUGGUUGUUCUUACCUAUGGUGUGUGGGUACGUAAAGGGAUAGGGGCGAAGAACCUCACCGAGUUCUCAGAUGUCGUUUUCGCUGUUUGCCAACUCUGAAAUAUCAGAUAUUAUUUGUUCUUAACCACAUUGGACUAAAGCAUUAAAAGUCUGUUGGUUCAUACUGUUGUGAGACUCCUGGGACUUUCCUUGUCAGAUGGACCCCCAAACCCUGUGAUUUUUCUUGGGCAAAAUUGGUUGGUCCUUGGGGGUGUUUAAAAAUAUUUUUACAUGUGUAUUUGUAGAAGGUUGGGGUCUUUUUCUGUUCUGUUUUUGUUUUUGGAGCUUAGCUAAAUGACUGCCUCAUUUUUCUUUUGCCUGACCUUACUAAAGUGAGGUCUUCCUCAGGGAGGAAGGAAGAGGGAUGCCCCACUGCCUGGAUUUGGGGGCACAGCUCCUGGACUCUGCAAGCAAAGAGUCUUCUUUCACUUGCAUUAUCCGGAUCAGUUGGAAGAGACCUCCCAGCUUCUGUGGCUUUGUAAAUUAGCAUCAAGCAGGUCUGGAGUGUCUUGGCUCCUAGAGUUUUGUGGUUGGGUUUUUCUUUUUUGAACUUUAAAAAGUUUUGACUUUUUAAAUGCUCUCAAGUGGUGUUCCACGGAGUUCUUGUUCCUAAGACUGGCUGUGACUAGUCUGCAAUCUACUGCUUUAUUUUUUAUGUCUCUCCUAGGUGGGCAGCACUGCGGGUUACAUGAUAAUUUAUGGGACAGUCACAUUUUUUAUUUUAUGCUGACAUUGGGCAGAACUGGGAUUUAUCUAAGCAUGUCUUACAUCAGGUACACAGACAGUACUCCCUGUGUUACAAAUCAGGUGAUCAGAACUAUUAUGUAACAGUGUAAAUAUACACCAUGGGAAGCAAAACUGAUCUUAUAUAGGUCAUGAAUUUAUUUUGCUUUAGGAAGUCCCACCCUCCUCCUCCAGUUUAUGAAGGGUACAAGGUGUACUGUCCUUUCCCUAUUAACAGACCGAAGGUAUCAAGAUCGUUCCCUGUUCGUAAGAAAAAUGCCUCAAGUGACUUCUGUAUGGUUUUCAGUAAUAAGGAUCUUAAGGCAUUUCCGUGUCAGAAUUUGAAAUAUGGUAAUUCAGUGAUAAGUAUGUCUUUUAAAACACCACAAACGCUCCCCCACCCCUCUUUCCUCCCAGCUGACCCCUGCUUUCCUGCCAGGGGCACUGCUUGCAAGCCCCCUGCCAGUGCACCUGGGCUGCUCACCCCACCAGGCAAGUCCUCACCUGCUGGCAAAGACGCUUCUCUGACUAAAGCAAGUGCCCGCCCGAGGUCCCUGUCAGCACGGUCAUGCAGUGAGGUUGCAGCACCUGAAAAAUAGUCUCCUCUUUACCAAUCAGUCUGUCUCCUUUUGGGGCGGUUCUGUCCCAGGAAAUCAACAGAUGGCUUCAGGACCUGCUCCUUCUAUGGGCCUUCUCCUUGUUCAUAGCUCACAGGCAGUAGACAGGUGACACAUUGCAGAAAGUGACCGGUUUCUUUUUUUUUUUCUCACUUGCAAGGUUAUAAUGUCACCAUUUUAAUUAAGAAAAACAUCUUUUUUUUUCUUCCAGUGGAAACAGCUUGAAACUCAAUUGAUAAUUCUUACAACUGGUACUAAACAAAGGUGGGGAAAAAAACCCAAUCAGAACUGAUAACAGCAGGUCAACAGCAGACAAAGAGCAGGAGAAAGGGAAUUUUCCACGCAAAGGAGAUUGUGCACG